AGGUGGGUAGACAGUCGCGCAAACCCUGACGCCCGCCGGAUCGAAGGGUAAAGUUGCCCGCGCCGCGUCGCUUACUUCGCUGAGUAUAGGGGGAGCUGUACAGGACAAUAAAACUAACUUAGAAGCUCCACGCAAGGUUCAACCAUUCAAGAUUUUCCACUUACUAAAAAAAAAUAAAAACAACACUAAUUUUUACUCAUAUUUCGACUUAAGCACUUAUCAAAAAAACUUAACAUUAUUUUUUUAGAAACUAAAAUUUAUUAAAAAUUAAUUGAACCGAGAAUUUUAUUUUAUUUUUUUAACUAAUUAAACAAAAAUAAGAAAAAUAACUUUAAUAUUUCUUUAACAAAAAUUAAAUUUAAACAACUUCCUGUUAUAAGAAUUAAAGAAUUUAUAUUUUGAAAAAAAAGUUGUGAAAAGAUUCGUCACAUUCCCUAGAAGAAUCUCGCGCUACUCUCGUUGGCUGUGCGUUCAGACACGGUCUUGCCGUCAGAGGACUACUAAUCCAGUGCUCGUCUCACUUUUCGAUUGGUUUCUGUGUUUCUCCGCGUAGAAGACUUCUCCAGCUGAAAGAUGCUUCCCUGGGUCAGAAUAGAGGUCGCCACCGUCACUCUCAUCGCCAUCAUCGUCACAUGCGCACACGGACUAAAAAUAGAUUUCUCCCGCCUCGCUGGGCUCCAUAGACCAAACUUACUCAAGCGUAACGACAUGUGCACAGGCAACCCUUGUCCGGCCGGGAAACCCUUCAUGUGCCGGUCUUCACCCACCUGUAUAGCACUGAAAUUUGUCUGUGAUAAAAACUAUGAUUGUGAGGACGGAUUUGAUGAAGACCCAGCUGUCUGUUUCGCCUCCUUCCGACCCGACACAGACAGUAUAUUCAACUUAAUCGACCACGAGAAGAAAUGGAUGCUGCCCAAACUCUUCAACGGAGCCGCCCCUUUCCAGGUCGCUCAUGCUCUAACAGAGGCCGCUGACAUGGAGGAGUUACGCCUUACCCUGGGGUUAACGGACGAAAACGUCCAGAACCUUCGCACGGCCUUCACCUGUGCUAUGGAGGGCGACGAGAGACCGCUGUUGGCGAUGGGCAUGGGCGACAGGCAAUGGCACGAGGUUCAGCACCUGUUCGAACAGCUUUUAAACAGCGGCUUCAAGCCCUAGACGACAACCCAGAAGUCCUGGGAUCAUCAGGUCAAGGGCUGCUUGAAGAUCGACCAAAAGGGACCAAUCAGAAGAAAGCCAAACCCCCGAACAAUUCACUAGAACUUUCCAUACAAAUCCCGUGGACUAUUCAUUUAUUUGCAAAAUUAAAUCCAAAAAUUUUCGUUUUCAUAUUUUUUUUAAAGCGAUCAGUGAUAUUUUUUGUUUUCAAAAAUAAAAUUUAAUUAAAAAAACAUUUAUUUUUUUGAAAUUGUGAUAUAUGUUAGUUUUUAAAAAAAAAUUGAUGUGUGUUGUUAAUUUUUUUGAAAAUAUCAGAACAUGGCCGAAUAUGGUUCUCUCAGCCCACCCCCAAACUUUCAAAGUACUGUGACCAAUGUAUGUGUGUGGUUAGCCAUUUUUUUUCUCUUUGUCUUGGUGACCUCCGACCUCAUAGAUACACGUGUUUCGCAGACAAUGCAGGGCGCUGCCAUGAUGUGGGAAUAAAUAUUCUUUAAAAAACUG